AUGUCUGAAACUACCAGCUAUCAUUUGUUGAAAAACCAUACCGAAAAAGGAGAGGAAGAACGAGAAAGAAAAGAACAUGAAAAAAAAAUCCUGAUCCAAGAAGAAGACGCAGUCGAUCAAAAUGAAGAGUCUGCAGAAAGGUCGAGCUUAUGGAAAGCGGUUGCUAACCUCAUGAGUGAUAUCGAGGGUACCGGCCUCCUCGCUCUUCCUUACGUGAUUGCUGAGAGUGGUCUGGUAGCGAUAGCAGCUCUGGUCAUGGUUCCCUUUAUCACCUACUACACCGGAGCUAUAUUGAUAGAGUGCCUGUAUGAGACCAACAACGAAGGCGAAAGAAUUCGAGUCAGGUCCAACUAUAAAGAGCUCGGUAAGGCCUGCUGGCCUCGCUUUGGUGGUGCUAUUGUUGCCGCUGUCCAGCUGAUCGAUCUGUUUAUGCUGGCGUCUUUGUAUCUUGUCUUAUGUGCCUCGCUCUCAAGCAGUAUAUUUCCAGGGAUACCGGUGUCCGAUAAAAUUUGGAUGAUCAUUGCAGCUACAAUUGGGUUCCCGACCAUUUUCGUAAAGAAUCUUUCACAGGUUGUAUGGUUCAGUUUAGUGAGUGUUGUAGCUUUAUCUGUAGCAGUAAUAGCUGUCUUAGCUUUUGGCAUAGCACAUGGCUCUAAGUGGAAUUUUAGCCUUAUAUCAAUCUGGAAUAUCGAUGACGCGCCAGUCUCAUUAGCAAUUAUAAUCUUCAGCUACAAUUGUCAUUCUGUACUGCCAGGAGUCGAGGAAAGCAUGCAAAACAGAUCACAGUUCCCCAAGAUACUUGCGCUAUCUUAUACCUUCGUUACAAUCCUCAAGAUCUUUUUUUCAGUUUGUGCUUUCCUGUCGUUUAGCCCAGAUAUUCCGGAUGUGAUUGCAAAUAGCCUUCCCAUGGGAUUUUUACGAGUCUUUGUCAACGGAUUUUUGAUUUUAAACGUUCUCUUUUCAUAUCCUUUUUGUGUCAUUACCAUAAUCCACACAAUCGAGGAAAUUCUUUCAGUCGAUUCACUUCCAUUCAGAUGUCCUGAGAUUGUUUGGUUCAUCGGCAUUCGAGUGUUGACAAAUUUUCUAACACUUCUACCCGCGAUUUCUAUUCCACAUUUCGCGCUUUUUAUGUCAUUCAUGGAAAGUUUAAGUGGUUCCUGCGUUGCUUUGAUUUUUCCUGCAGUUUUUCACCUCAAUAUCCAAAAGGACAACUUAAAACUAUAUCAGAUCACUUUUGAUAUUUUGGUAAUAUUUGUUGGAGUUUUUGCGAGUUUUACAGAAUCCACUGGCAAAGACGUGUAA